AUGGUUUUGGGAAAUGACAACAAGGACCAAUCCAGUGAAAAGCAACUUGAAGCAGGUCAAGCCUUGGAUGUAGUAGAUCAUCAAAAUGAGCUAGGAUACAACAAGGAUCCAAAAAACUCGCUCACUCUAUUCUCCAACUUUGCCAUUGCCUAUUCAUGCUGCUCGGUUUUAUCCGGAAUCACUCCCCUAUGGGGCGAUGCUAUGGUCGAUGGCGGUAGUCUGGGUGUCAUUUGGGGUUGGGUGGUGGUGUCCUUUUUUACGACCUUGUCAGCCAUGUCACUUGCUGAAAUAGCUAGUGCGUAUCCAAGGACGGGUGGAUUAUAUAUUUGGGUAAGCAGGCUUGCUCCUCCCGAAUGGGUGCCAUUAGCUUGCUGGGUGACGGGAUGGUUUACAUGGAUCCAAUACAUAUUCAGCGUCACCAGCGUUGGUCUUGGUUGCAGUCAAUUUAUUGCUGGCAUCAUUCAAAUAUGGCAACCGGAAGUCAACACUUCAGUGUAUAUGCAAUACGGCGUCUUUUUCGGCAUUUGCGUUCUGUAUGGCGUUAUCAACUCGGUCACUGUUAGAUUCAAUGGCAUUGUCAAUGAAGGAGCUUUCUACAUCAACCUGCUUGGUCUAGUACUCAUUGUCGUUGUUGGAUUGGCGGUCGCCAAACCACUUAAUACUGGAAGCUUUGUGUUUACCCAAUUUUACAAUGGAUCUGGUUUCUCAAAUGAUGGCUAUGGUUUCCUUCUCGCUCUCCUCCAAUCCCAAUUUACGCUGACAAGUUACGAAGGUGCCGUUCAAGUAGCUGAUGAAACGAAUAAUCCAGCACGUGCUGCACCAUUUGGUAUCAUGACGGCAGUACUAUCCAACGCAGUGACGGGCUUCAUCUUUUUGAUGGCGCUCAGUUUCAUGAUCAAGGAUUUCGAUGCACAAAUCUUGAGCGAGAAUGCAAUCCAUCCACAAAUGGUGCAAGUGUUUCUUGACAUUAGCCAUGCGUGGACGCUCGUAUUCGUGAUUAUCAUUAUGUUGACGAUCUUUUUCAGUGGCAAUGCAUUGCUCUUGGCAGCAUCGAGAAUGACGUACGCCUUUUCACGUGAUGGAGCCCUGCCGAAAUGCUUUUGCAGUCUCAACAAGCGUACUGGAUUACCAGUGAACUCUGUGUGGUUGAAUGUUGCAGUUGCAGUCAUUAUUGGAAUAUUGUAUAUGAUCAAUAGCACCGCAUUCGAAGCCAUUGUCUCGGUCAGCACUAUCGGAGCCCAAUCUUGUUACCUCGUUCCUAUCCUUCUAAGGAUCACUAUAGCACGCAAGGCAUUCAAGCCUGGACCAUGGCGUUUGGGAAAGUUUGCAUACCCUAUUGGUGCGAUUUCUUGCUGCUGGUUGCUGUUUGGCGUUGUGUUAUUCGUUUUGCCUACACAGUGGCCUGUCACCCCCGACAAUAUGAACUAUGCCGUUAUCCCAUAUGCAUUUAUCAUGCUGGCUUCUGGACUUUGGUUCGCACUUUUUGCAAGACAUUGGUUCACCGGCCCAUAUCGAAUCAUCAAUGGUCAACGGGUUCUUCUCUACGAUGAUGAUGAAGAUGAAUCAAUCCCAAGUACUACAACCCCAAAACCUGAAUCAAUUCAGGUAGUAGCAGGAAAGGAAGAGAAGACGGAAAUAAAAACGUAA